AUGGGGCCGUACGAGCUCGAGGAGGUCGGGCUCGAGGCCUACCACAACAACCACUUCGAGGAGGCAGAGCGUCUCCUCAGCGCAGCGCUGCGCAUUGCAGCACCCCGAAAAGCACCGCUGCUCCGUGCCCGUGCCACCGUGCGCUUGGCCCUCGGAGAGCCGUACGCUGGGCAUAAGCCAUGGACCAAUCACUGGCGCUGCAUCUACAAGCUCAUGGCCAUCAGAAGGGACAGAUCUGUCAGCGCAGAAACCGGCGACCCGACGGGUCGCAUUACGCGGUCCCUGCGCUACAACCAGAUCAUCCGUGUGGAUGGCGAACCCGUCGAUGGCUGGGUCAAGUUGCUGGACAGCUUGGGAUACGCCCUGGUCGCGUCCCCGCAUGUUGGUCAGUUGUUGGAGCUCGUUGCACGGGGCCCCGAUGCUUUGAGACUGGCUUUGGAGGACUGCGAAGCGGCCAUCGAGCUGCAGCCGAACAUUGCCGAGGCAUACUUGCUGGCAUCAAGGUGCUUCGUCCUUGAAGGUGACCUGAAACAAGCUGAAGCGGUACUGAAGCGCGGGGAGGCGGAGGUGAAGCCACGUGAGCAGUCCAAAAUUCAGGUGCAGCUGCGCAACCUGCAGAAGAUCAUGCCAAAACUUGCCCAGGUAGCGGACCUUCUGACUCCAGAUUUCAGCCAUGAGGAGUCCGGCAAGCGAGCUCUGGGCCACCUCAAGGAAGCUGCUCGUUUGGGCGCAUCUGCUUGGAGGCUGCGGCCACUGCAGCUCCACGCCUUACUUCAGGCCCGGCAAUACCUCCGCGCCUUCGAGGCGAAGAAGCUGGCGGAGGAAAUGCUCAAGACCGUGGCUGGAAGUCCACGCCCUGAGGACCUGCUGCUGCACGGUGCUGCGGGGCUCCUCUGCCGUCAAGCGGAGGGAAAGGAAGUGCUGGAGUCAUUGGUACAGGAGGCCAAGGAGGCAGGUAGCAUUGCAGGUCAAGGCCCUGCGAUGGAGUGGUUCGAGGUCGUGUACAAGAAUGUACUAGUGAAGAAGCGCUGCGACGAAAAGGCUCCCAGUUGGUGCUUGCUGGGCAAGGGCCACAAAGUCAUGGUCUUCCCAAAGCGUGAGACAGAUGCCAAGGGGCAAGCGUGGGUGGAGUUGGCGCCCUUUGAGCUCCGGAGGCUCUGCGCAGACUGUCGAGAGAAGAAGCUGGAGGAAGCGCGCGGCUUUCUCCUGAUCGACGGUAGCUCGCUGGGCCUGGGAGCCCUGCUGCAGCCAGUGGACUUCGAUUCUGGCCCUGCGCUUCGUGCGGCCGCUUUGCUGCGAGCGGUCGAUGCUGCCUCGGAGCUGAAGGCCCAGGGCGACCGGUUUCUGAAGCGAGGCGAGGCGAAGGAGGCCCGCGAGCGCUACGCGGCCGCGCGCCUGGGUGGCUCAUGGGACGUGGACCUCCGCGCCCAGCUGCACCUCAAGACGGCCGAGGCAUUGAGGAUGGAGGGCGAGCUAGAAGCAGCCUUGACAGAAGUCUCCGAAGCGUGCUGCUUCAUGGAGAGAGAGAAGUCUGCCCCAGCACUGCUGUUGCGUGGAAUUCUUCGUUUCGACUCGGGGAAGUGGCGUGAGAGUCUGGAGGAUUUCGAAAAGGCACAAGAUCUGGCUACGCGGGCCCAGCAACUUUCACAGGAUUUGGCUGCAUGGCUUCGCCGCGCUCGUGAGGCCGUGCAUCGCAAGGACUCGCGGAACUUUUAUGCUAUAUUGGGAUUGCGCUGCGACUGCGAUUCCUCAGAAGUGAAGAAGCGCUUCCACAAGCUUGCGCUGCAAUGCCAUCCCGACAAGGUUCACUCAACCUCCGAAGUACUGAAGAAGUCAGCUGAGGCUCGUUUCAAAGCCAUCCAAGAGGCAUACGAGGUCCUCAGCGACCCCAAGAGAAGACAAGAGUACGACUAUGGCAAAGGCUGA